AGAUUUGUAAAUGGCGACGGAUGUUCAACAUCAUAUACAUCACCAGGCACAGAAUUCAAAUAGUUACAACAAUGCUGCCAAACUUGCCCUGCUUCAACAAUCUGUAUUGCGCAGCAGAAUGCCACCUGGUCCCAUUUUUACCAAUACAGGAUUAACACCAGAGGAACUUCUGGCUGCGAAAAAGCCUUUUACAAGAAAGUCCGUGGAUUAUAAUGCGUCAAUGAUCAAUAUGAUAGAGAACCGGAUCUGGCAACGCGACUACCGAGAUCGACCUUUGGUCCAACCGGACCCCGGAUACAUACCUCUGAUGACGCCAUCGCUGGAUUAUCCGGAGAACGCGGCCAACUCGGUCGCAACCAAGUUUGUGCGCACAGCUAUGAACAAAAUGAAAUGUCCUGUUUUUAGCAUCACGUGGACUCCGAAUGGGCGGAGAUUGCUGACUGGGUCCUCCAGUGGGGAGUUCACUCUGUGGAAUGGACUGCAGUUCAACUUCGAGACCAUCUUGCAGGCCCACGAUGCUCCAAUCCGAGCCAUGACCUGGAGCAACACUGGACUGUGGCUUCUGUCUGGAGACCACAAUGGAUUCAUAAAGUACUGGCAAACUAACAUGAACAACGUGAAGAUGUUUCAAGCGCAUCGCGAGGUCAUCAGAGACAUAUGCUUUUCCCCCACCGACAACAAAUUCGCCAGUUGCAGUGAUGACGCAACUGCCAGGAUCUGGGACUUUUACAGUGGGACUGAAGAACGCGUGCUGAGAGGCCAUGGUGCGGAUUGCAAGACGAUUCACUGGCAUCCGACCAUGAACUUGUUGGUUUCUGGGAGUAAAGAUGCGCAGCAGCCGAUGAAGUUGUGGGAUCCGAAGAGUGGUCGCAGUCUGAACACUCUCUUCCCCCACAAGGCAGCCGUCACUGUGUGUCGCUUCUCCCCAAAUGGCAGUUGGCUAGUGAGUGGGUCCAGGGACCACAUGAUGAAGCUGUUCGACAUCCGAAAUAUGAAGCAGGAGCUCACCACCCUCAGAGGACACAAGAGGGAAGUGCUAUGUCUCAAUUGGCACCCCUUCUACAGCCAGAUGUUGGUGAGCGGUGGAGGAGACGGAUCAGUGCUCUACUGGGACAUCAGUUUGGAUAAACAGGUUGGAGGGAUAGAAAACGCACACGAUGGCAUCAUUUGGGAUGUGAAGUGGCACCCUUUAGGACACAUAGUGGCGUCUGCAUCCAACGAUUUCGCCACCAAGUUCUGGACCAGAAACAACCCGGGAGACCGGAUGAGGGACAAGUACAACCUGAAACUGGACGAGGAGUUGGAGACGGAGGAGCUGAUGGCCAACCUGGAACCAGAUCCGAGGGCAGUUCAACAUGACCAGGACAUCGAAGAGGUGGAGUAUCAAGAAGUGGACACUACAAUUCCAGCUCUUAAUCCGGAGGAGACAGCAGCCAUCCCGAAAGAACGCAGGAAGAGAUACAUGCCGCCCCAGUUCAGUCUGGACAUGUUCGGAAUGGGAGAGGAGAAAAUCAGACGGGGCGACAAGCGAAUCGACCCCAGGUUCAAAAUUAUGUGGAACUCGUAUCAGAGACCGGAUUUGUUGCGAGAAGAGUACGAUGAUCGGAAUGUGCCGACUUAUGACGGCGAUAUGCACUUCUACGACAGAAAAGAGCCAAUUCUUAAUCAUGAGGCACCACCGCCUUGGCAGUCAAAUAGCAAUAGUAGACGGAACCCAUUGAGUCGCGGAGGAUUUCGAGAUCGCGAGGAGUUUGAUUAUGAUGAUAGAAACAACCGAGACUUCGAUCGGGAACGAUUCCAAGACAGAGACGCUCGCUUCUACGAACGAAGGUUUCCCGACGAUCCGCCACAAGCCCGAGAUCGAGACGACCGACGGGACAUUAGGGAUCGUGAGCCGUACAACAAUAAUGGUUAUCGCGACAACAGGCCUCCGCCGCCCUUGAGAGACCGGGAGUAUCAUCCGAUGGAGAGACAUGACGAUGGACCACCUAUAUAUAGAGACACCGAUUUUAGAGGGCGACCCCCGCCACCUGAUCAAAGGGGACACCACCCGGGAAGUGACAUUGAUUACAGGAAUCCAAACAUACCGCCUCCUGUGAUUAUGCGUCGACCGAACGAAAGAGGUCCAGUGCCACAUCCACAGGCUAAUAGAUUCCCUGAACCCAAUGGAAAUGGGCCUCAUAUGAGACCUCCUCAUAUGAUCCAGGUGCCCCCUCCAGUUAGACCAAAUGUACCCCAGAGAGCUCCCCCGCCCCGAGGUCCGUCGGGAAAAGGGGGUCUGAAUUGGUACUCGUGAAUGGUUAUAUGCGAAAACUUGUUCUGAAAUGACUUGUUAUAAAUUAUUAAUGAGAUUGAUUAUCUUGCGUUGUGACAGUUUUGUAUCCCGAAUUUAUUUUGCCACUAGUUUUUCGUUGAAUAUGAAG